AUGACAGCCGGGACAGUGGUCAUCACUGGUGGAAUCCUAGCUACAGUAAUAUUACUCCUUAUCAUCGCAGUACUUUGCUACUGUAGGCUGCAGUAUUAUUGCUGUAAGAAGGAGGAGUCCGAGUCGGAGGAGGAGGAGCCAGACUUUGCUGUUACGUCCCGCAUCCCACCGGUCCACUCCAAUCACAACAUUGUGGCGGCGACGGCCGCCGCCUCUGCCAUCCCAAAUGGCCCUGCCCUUUUCUCCACCCCUCCACUGGCCAGGAAACUGACACGUUCACAGACCUUCUGUCCAUCCUGUACGCACUAUGAGCUGCCUUUCUACCUCCAGCCCCCUCAGCCACAGGUCCACCACCAGCCGGAUGGGUUGAGGAAUGGGGGUGACCGGAUCAGCUACCGCAGCAUCCAGCAGCAGGAUCUGGACCUGCCAGUACCUGUGAACAUUUCAGACUACCGCAAACCAAACCUUGCCCGGUCAGUCACCAUGAGGGACAUGUUCACACGCAGCUGUAGCAUCAGCACUGAUGUUUAG